CAGAAGCGGAGGCGGCACCUAGGGGCCGGGGCAGGGGAGGCCGGGACCAUCGCAGUGACAGUUUCUUUUCCUGCAGCGGCGGCAGCAGGGACGGCUGCUGCAGGCUUGUGAUCGACCGGCCUGCGUGUGGGUUUUCGAGGGAGCUGUGCGCCCCCGGCGCUGAGGAGCCACGGCCACGAAGGGGAGGAGGACGAGGAGGAGAACAACGCACCAGAGCCCGAGCAACUGGAACUAGCAAAGCUCCAUCGGUCUGCAGAGGGGAAGCGGAGGAGGCACGGCUGGGGCAAGCGACCCGGCGCCUCGCGGUUGGGUGCCAUAUCACCCGGCUGCAGUGCCUUCUAGUAAAAAGCCACCGCGGCCCAGGCUGCAGCUGCCAGACGGAUGCCAAGGACACACGGCAGGCGCGGGGACAGCCGCUGCAAUCGCCGUCCCACGCGGGCUCCGGACAUUAGAGGUUGCUGACUUGGGAUGCAGCCUGGGAGAUGGUGCUGGCAUUGAGAGAGGUCAUACACUGGCUGAGAGUGCGUGAUGUGAGGAAGAGAGGGCCGAGGAUUGGAAAAAUAGACCUUUACACCUGCAGGACGUGUGGCACGCCUUUCUAGAUGAAGUGAUUGAGAAGAAACAGUGAACAUCUUCAUUUUGUAGACAGGACACCAUGGAUCAGCCUUUUACUCUGAAUUCUCUGAAAAAGUUAGCUGCUAUGCCAGACCAUACGGAUGUUUCCCUCAGCCCAGAAGAGCGAGUCCGUGCCCUAAGCAAGCUUGGUUGUAAUAUUACAAUCAGCGAAGAUAUCACUCCGCGCCGCUACUUCAGGUCCGGAGUAGAAAUGGAGAGGAUGGCUUCGGUGUAUCUUCAAGAAGGAAACUUGGAAAACGCCUUUGUUCUUUAUAAUAAAUUUAUAACUUUGUUUGUAGAAAAGCUUCCCAGCCACCGAGAUUACCAGCAAUGUGCGGUACCCGAAAAGCAGGAUAUUAUGAAGAAACUGAAGGAGAUUGCAUUCCCAAGGACAGAUGAAUUGAAAAAGGAGCUUUUAAAGAAAUAUAACGUAGAAUACCAAGAAUAUUUGCAAAGCAAAAACAAAUAUAGAGCUGAAAUUCUCAAAAAACUGGAGCAUCAGAGAUUGAUAGAGGCGGAAAGGAAGCGGAUCGCUCAGAUGCGCCAGCAGCAGAUAGAAUCGGAGCAGUUUCUGUUUUUUGAAGAUCAGCUCAAGAAACAAGAGUUAGCCCGGGGUCAGCGCAGCCAGGAAGCCCCAGCGCCAUCGGAGCAGAUUGAUGGGAGCGCUUUGUCCUGCUUUUCCGCACACCAGAAUGACUCCUUGCUGAAUGUAUUUGCAGAUCAACCUAAUAGAAGUGAUGCAACCAAUUACGCUAGCCAUUCUCCUCCCGUAAACAGGGCCUUAAAGCCAGCUGCUACUCUAAGUGCUGUUCAGAAUUUAGUGGUUGAAGGACUGCGCUGUGUAGUUUUAUCAAGAGAUCUUUGCCACAGAUUUCUACUGCUGGCAGAAUCUAAUACAAUGAGAGGCAUAGAAACCUGUGGAAUACUUUGCGGAAAACUGACUCAUAAUGAAUUUACUAUUACUCAUGUCAUCGUGCCAAAGCAGUCUGCGGGACCAGACUAUUGUGACAUGGAGAAUGUAGAAGAAUUAUUCAGUGUUCAGGAUCAAUACAAUCUCCUCACUCUGGGAUGGAUCCAUACACAUCCAACCCAAACUGCGUUCUUAUCCAGUGUUGAUCUUCACACUCACUGUUCCUAUCAGCUCAUGUUGCCAGAGGCCAUUGCCAUUGUUUGUUCACCAAAGCAUAAAGACACUGGCAUCUUCAGGCUCACCAAUGCUGGCAUGCUUGAGGUUUCCGCUUGUAAAAAGAAGGGCUUUCAUCCGCACACCAAGGACCCCAGGCUGUUUAGUAUAUGCAAACAUGUGUUGGUAAAAGACAUAAAAAUAACCGUGCUGGAUCUGAGGUGACAUGUUCCGAAGAUUAGCAUCGUCAACACCAGACACCUACCUAUGGACAUGUGGUUGCCAGAUUUUCUUAAGAUGUUUUCAGAAAUGACUGAUAUUUUAUAUUUAUACAUUUUAGAUCAGGAAGUUUGAUAUUUAUUGCUCUUGCACAUCUGAAGUUUUCUUUUUGGGUGGUUCUGUCUCAAGAGAGGUCACCAUGGUGUUCAAUCAGUACUUAUUAUUGUGCCCAAAUACUAUGACCAGACAAUAAAUUGUGCUGCAAACAACAUGUCUGGUAUUUAUAGAGGUCUCUGCAUACAUUUUCAGAGCUUUAGGUGUUUCACUGUAUUUUUUUUCAUUCCUGUAAAAUAUAAUUCCAGAUAAGAAAUUCUGAGUAUCAGGUGUUCUCCAAGACAGGCCGUCUGUGUCUGCGACUUUUCCUGUGGGUGGUAGAAGGUGAACAGUUUACGCCUGUGAGAAGAAACAUGGCUGCAGAUGGUGGAGCCCAUCCUGUGUUUUCAGUGUCAUCACAUCCCAGGCUCACAGAUGUCCGCAGGCAGACAGUGUAGGAUACCAGAACAGUGAGCUUCUACUUGCGGGUCGGGUAUCAGAGGGCUCCGGGCAGCAGACGAUUCAUCAUCUUGAUUUAGAGGACUAAAAGUGGAGAUGCUGGAGAGAGGAAUGAAAAAAGACUCAGAUAAAAGUAUAAAGCCUGUUACUGUGGAAGUCAACAGGGGUGACAGGGAGAAGAAAUGAGGCAUAGGAAAUGCUGAUAAUUUUCAACCAAAAGAAUGAAUAAGAAAAUAAUUUGGAGGUAGUUGAGGCCUGAGCCUUUCUGAGGCUGGUCCAGACAAAGCCGGGGGAAGAAAGGUUGUGGAUUUGCUGAGUUGCUCCCUUCACAGAGAUCAUUGCUUUUCCAGUAGCGUUGCCUUUCCUUACACUCCACGACUUGUCAAAAGGCUGUAGGUUGUGACCCUUUGGAGGUGUUGAGACACACCAGGGAAGGGUUAGGAAGUCUCCGGGGACACGUGAUGACAGGAGUGAUUUGAGGUGGAAGGGCCAGGGAGAUGCCUCCUCAGGCCUGUGGCUAUUACAACUUAAAUUGCUACCUGAAGAGACUCUCAACAUUGGCCCAAGGCUUUUCAGUUACAGUGAAUGAACAGUGCCCUGCUGAGGGGGAAAAAUAAUUUGGAAAGAGCAGUCAUAAUUAAAAGUAUCUCUAUAUAAAUCUAUGCAGAGGGAAUAGGAAGAAAAAUACAUUUAAACUGAAGAGGAUAUCGUAAAUACACUGCUAUGGUAUUAUUAAGGCUUGGAAUGGGACUUGUGACUGGUACCUAGGUAAUAAAAGCAUUUACCUUGAUCAACAGAUACAGAUUAAAUAGAAGGAAUGGGAGACUUAUGGACUAUGUUGGCAAGUUGAAUUGGUAGGAAAAACCUGAGGGUAGAAACAUUAUGGAGAAAAUUUAGCUGCAAAUAUGAGGAGAGAAGAAUGGAAGUGACAUUUUUGAGGAGCAAAGUCCAACCAUGGCAGAAGGAUAUGGAUGCCUUCUUUCUGAGCAUUUACACAAGACUAACAGGGAGGCACAAGAAACAGUGGUUAGGCUUCAAACGAUCUUAUCAUCAAGUGAACAUCAUGUUCAGCUAAAAGCAGAUCAUAAUAAACCCUGGACUUGACUAACUGAUUGUUUAAUUUCUCUGUAGACAAUUUAAAUGCUAAUCAAUAAGGUUAAACAAAUAGAUUUUGAGUUGACAGAAACAUUGGGACAUUUCCAAUGAUCCUAUAGUGGGUACUUUCAAAGGAGGUAAAGACUGAAACGUAUAGGGAAGUCCCUAGGAAAUCAAAUGCAUGCUCUGCCACCCUAGACAUUGCCAGUGAGGUGGGCACAGGAAGGCAUUAGAAAAAACAGCCUGGCAUCCCAGCAAGCUCGCUGAUUUGCCCAGGUUUCAAAGGAGCCUGUGUAAAAGCUGGAAUGCAGGCACUAAGUCCAAAAGCAAUUCUGAGAAAUGGAUAAAAAUUAGCAACUAAAAAAUAACAGAAGAUUGACUAGGAAUUGUCAGAUGACAAAAAUAAAACAAUUUAGUAAUGAGUUUGAUGUCCUUUUUUUCAAGGGAAAACAAUCCAUGAACUGGGGGUGUACAGAGCCUCCCAGGCAGCAAGCACUCUUCCUCAGGAUGUUUGGGCAAAAGCGAGUUUUAUAGAGCCUUAGAAGAGGCAACACGGAAACAAGAAGAUCGGGGAUUUUCUUAUAAGGUUAGCAGGUUUCUAGGGUAAGGUGAGCUAAAACUGAGUUGGAGAUUGUGAUUGGUGUACGUUAGGUUUCAUUGACAGGUGUUUACCAUAAGUGCAGGAUACCAUUAGGUUGCCAUUUGUGAUGUGGGCCAGGCCACUGGGGCAGCUUCCAUUUUGUGGGUCCCGACAUAUGAAUUAACUUUAUCAGAAUUAACAUAGCUUCUCUGGGAACAAUUCAUAGCUCAUAUUUCUAUUUUAUUAAUAGGUAGGUGCAUUACUCUGCAGAUCAGAAAGAUGGUGCAGGUAUGCUUAGAAGCAGGACAGCAGAGUCUUACGUUCUGCAGUCAGAGAAACUUGGGUCCAAGUUCCUGCUCUGCCAUGUACAAGACAAUGCUUUAUGACAGCAUGAAAACCAGAA